UUGUGUUGCAGCACCCUUACUGCUUUUUGUCUCUAAAAGAGUAUGGGGUACCGCCAUGGAUAUCAAGUGAGCUUCUGCAGUAUUGCUUUUGCAUUGAUUUUUCUGGUUUCAUGGCUCGACCAAGUUGAGUUAUCUGAAGUGGAUGGCGGCUGUGAUUUUUUCAAAGGGAGUUGGAUAGAAGAUGAUACUUACCCUCUUUACAACACUUCCAAUUGUCCCUUUAUCUCUAAAGGGUUUGAUUGUCAAGCUAAUGGACGACCUGAUCAAUUCUACCUCCAUUAUAAAUGGAAGCCUACUGCUUGUUCAUUGCCAAGAUUUAAUGGUGAGGAUUUCUUGAGGAAGAUGAAAGGGAAAAAAGUUUUGUUUAUUGGGGACUCAAUAAGCUUGAAUAUGUGGCAAUCACUGUUAUGCAUGGUUCAUGCAUCUGUGCCCCUAUCCAAAUACACUUUAAUGAGCAAAGGCAACCAUUCUACUUUUGCUUUACCGGAGUAUGAAAUAUCGUUGGAGUAUUCCCGCAAUGUGUAUCUUGUUGAUCUCGUGAAAGAAAAGAUAGGCACUGUAUUAAAGUUGGAUUCAAUUGAAAAUGGAGAUUAUUCAUGGAAAGGUUACGAUGUCCUCAUUUUCAAUACAUGGCAUUGGUGGCUUCAUACAACCAAAGGACAAAAUCAACCAUGGGAUUUCAUUGAAUGGAGCGGAAAGAUAUUGAAGGAUAUGGAUAGAUUGGAAGCUUUCAAAGUGGGACUAACUACUUGGUCCAAAUGGGUUGAUUCCAAUGUUGACCGUCGCACGACACAAGUCUUUUUUCAAGGCAUCUCUCCAACCCAUUACGAUGGCAGGCAAUGGAAUGGUUCAAUUUCAGCAACCUGUAAAGGCGAGACAACACCAUUAAAUGGAACAACGUAUCCAGGAGGAUUGCCACCAGCAGUGGACGUAGUGAAGCAAGUGUUGAAAAACAUGUCGAAGGGGGUUACUUUGCUGGAUAUAACAACGCUUUCGUUGCUGAGGAAAGAUGGGCAUCCUUCUGUUUAUUCCAGAAAAGAGGGAAACGAUUGUAGCCACUGGUGUCUUGCUGGAGUUCCUGAUUCUUGGAAUGAAAUACUGUAUGCAUUGCUUACAAAUGCCCAGGGAGGGACGUUGGUGUAAUUAAUCUUUCAUUGUUUUAUAAAUUGCUUUUUUAGCUAAUAAAUUUGUUGUAAAAGGAAAUUUAACAUUCA